AUGGAAUCUCGGCCACCCUCUAUCCCCCAUCCUCCGUUCCCUCGGCCGUCGCUUUUCAGCACCGCUCCUCAACACUCCCGUCAGUAUGGAUCCUCACAACCACAAACGUCGCGCCCGGAGGCACGGUCGCAUACAGCGUACGAAUCUUUACGCCGACCAGCAGACGAGCCAGCUCGAACAACGCCUACGUACGGUUACGCUGCACACUCAUAUAACCCAGACUUGAGGGCUCAGGCUCGGUCGACGUCCCCUACGCGUUUCGGCGCAAUGCAGUCGGAUGCAGCAAAACGCUCGGCGCUUGCUUCGCCCGUCAAGAACAAUGGAAGUCUGGGGAAAGACAGUGCAAUCUAUCGUGACGCGUCAGGCAUGCGACGUACCUCAUCUCCACGGGACCAGGAGAGCCGUUGGUCCGCGAACCGCGGCCGGAACCUCAAGUCACCUACUGCUGCUGCGACCUCAGAAUCUUCUGCGCAUACUAUCGGAAACCGCCAAAUGCCUCCUCCGUCGCCUCCACAGCCGUACCCAGCCCGCAACUCAUCCGCUUCUCUAUCCCAAACUUCCUCAAGUCUAUUUUCCCGUGACAACGGCUUCGGAUCGAUACAUCGUCCUGGAACGAGCAUGUCGAUAUCGUCAAUGCUUGGAUCAGACCCCGAUCGACCAUCCCGCGAUCACCCGACCUCUCUCUUCUCAAGGCCGUCUGUGUCCUCACCGUUUGGGACAUCUCGCAACUCUACCGGAGCAAUGUCACCUCCGACUGCACCUGCCAGACCUGCAUCUUCCAUCGACCAUCCUCUGAUGCGCCGAUCAGAAACACCAGACAAACCUGUCGCAAAAGACCCACUCUCUCGACAAUCGUCGCGAUCGGAUUCUGGCGGAUUCUCGGACUCGACGAAAUUUUCCUUCGGGCGAUCGUCGUUCUCACAGUAUCCUGAAAAGCCGACCACCACUCAAAAAUCGCCCCGCAAUUCUACUGCCUCUGAUCCGCCAUUCGGCCAUUCUCGCCGAGUGAGUCUCAACAGCGCCAUCCAACGCCCAAAUAGUCAGCCACAACAGGAGGAAUCUCGAGCACCCGCAUAUAGCCCUCGAACACGGGCAUCGGGGGACAGCAUUUUCGGGAGCGCACAUCGCAAUACAUCCUAUCUCGAUGAUACGCGUCCAUUUGCUAGAUACGGUGGAUUAUACUCAGACAGGGCUAGGGAAGAACAGCUAGCGCGAGAACGAGAGAAGGAAAGGAAUACUCCUCAAGAAACAGAGAGAAAGUCAGCCUUUGGAUUGCUACAUGGAAGAUAUGGAGCUCCUGCGAAUCGGGACGAGGACCGACCUCCAAACCGCCCUUCAUGGGAAAUUGGUAGAAGUCAGCCCAAGUCCCCCGAAGCGCGGCGAUUCACAACUGCAUCAGAGUCAGGUGCCGGUUCGGGGUUCGGCUUUGGCGCUAUCCAAAGUUACACCAAGUCGCUAGGUUCACAGUUGGGUGCUUCCAGGAGUGCCCCCGCCACCACUCCCUCCCACUCGAAUUUCUCCCUCCACUCCCGGCAAAGUCAGCCGACACCACCUCCGAAUGAGCAGUCUUUCCUAGGGAAACCCCAGCCACGGCCUCGUCCGCUUUCAGUCACGUCGGUGCCUUCGGCAAGCCAAUCAACUCUUGGUGCAUUGGGAUCCGCAGCAGCCGACGAGCAACGUAGGAAAGGCAGUGAUGAUUUGAUUCAACACCGUACUCUACUAGGGAUUGGUGCAGAUGGCAAGCGUGCUGGGCGUGCAUCACCCUUACCGCAAGCGGUCCAAGGAGCCCAAGCCCAGUUCAUUGGUUCUGCUGGAGAGACUGGUCUCAAAGGAGAAUUAGGCAGAGUAUUUGCAGGCAUCGGUAGUGGCGUGGGCACAGGGCCUUCCAGUUCUACAGGAAGCGGUCCCCCCACACCAAUGACUGCGAGCCCAUUCAAACGGGAUAGUUUCGGAGCAUCGGACCAUGCUGACGAGGGCAAAGGCGGUCGUGGUGGUGCUGCUCUGGGCAGGAAGCGAAGCUCCAAAGACGAGGAGCCUUCAGACCUCGGCGAACAGGCCCAAGAAUUACGAGGCACCCCGUCAACUCGAGGUGGAUCCCGAAGGGGCCGGCACGUCCACCACCACCAUCACCAGUAUGUGACUCUCAACGACAUUCUAUGGGGUCGGACUAACCAUGAAAACUACAGUCAUCAUCACCAUCGCUCUAAGAAUGAGGAUGAGAGUGUUGCACCACGCUCAAAUAUUGGAGCUACAAGUGUGCUAGGCAAAGCGCCUACCCCGGCUGAACCGGUAGCUCCGGUAGCUACUACGUUGCCAGCGCAUCACCACCACCAUCACCACCAUCACCACCACGCGCCUCGCAAUGCAUCAUCUAAUAUCACCUCAGCUCCAGCAGUUGUUACACUGCGAGAUACUCGAACUCUGGUCAAUAUCAAGCCACUUUUGGAAAGCGUUGCUCAGUUUCCGCGACAUCAUCUGGGUUCAACAUUGUACGCGCCACGUAUCGGCGUGCCCAGCGCAAGUUCAUCCGGAGAAAGCCAGAAGUUUGGCUAUACCAGUACUCCUGUUCCUAUACCUCGAUUUGAAGGAAAAGAGAACUGCACAUUUACUAUUCGUGUACCUCGCUUCCGUAUCGAUCCCAGUCAUCGAGAGGAGAUUUGCGCACGUCGAGCUGUCUGGGGAACGGGUGUCUACACAGAUGACUCUGAUCCUGUAGCAGCUGCCAUUCACUCUGGCUUUAUUCGCGGAGAAUGGGGUGAGGAUGUCGACAUCUCAAUGCUCGACCUCGAGAUUAAGAGCGACUAUCACCAUGCACCUCAGCCGACAGCUGAUUCAAGCGCAACGGCGAAACCGUCUAUCCCGCCCGUGCCUCCACCAAACAAAGAUCUACACAUUACACUACUUAUCCUGCCCCGAUUGGAACGCUACGAGUCUACCCUCAUGUUCGGCCUCAAAUCUCGAGCCUGGGAAGGAAACCACGACGGUAUGAGCUUCAAAGUUGAACGCAUCGAAUGGGUCGACGAAGGAUCAACACGCGGCGAAGAGCGUAGUGGAGCGGCACGACGAAAGCGGCUGCGCAAUAUGAUGCAAACGGGGCGUAUCUGUACGGGGCCAGGCCUGCUACGAUUGCGUGGAGGUCCUGGCUUAUUGCUCGGUAGUACUACGGAUUUGGUUGCUGGCCAGCCGGCAUCUGCACCUGUGCAGCCUGUAUCAUAA